AUUACUGGUUUAUAUGGACCAAGACUACAAAGCACAUUUCAAAGUUUUCUGCUCAGAAGUCAGAGAAUGGGAAAAAAUCCAUGUCGUUGGAAGUUUGCCCGUCCUUGGCGAGUGGAAUCCCAGAAAAUCAUUUCCAUUAACAAAAUCGACUGACGAAGAAAACACUUUCCAUGCAAUUGUCAGUGUUCCCUCAUCUAUCAAAGAGUUCAACUUUCGAUACAUUCGAGUUAUGUACCUGGAUCCAUCUGAAAAUAACACUUCUGAGCCUAUUAUGGUUUUGUCAAAAUGGGAAACUUUUAACAAUGCCAGAACUUGUUUGAUAGGUGUGGAAAGUCAAGAUGGAGUUGCUCGAAAAAAUAUCACAGAUCAAUUUGGAAGUUAUAGCGGAAAAACUCAAAUAACCGAUGGAUGGAUUUUGAAUGAAAAAGAAAGUGUAGUGUAUUUUCGUAUUCAUGGAGAAGCGCUCAAAUUUUUUGCCAAAAGCUAUGCGAACAAGGAAUAUCGUCUGAAAGUUGAACCAUUUGAUGUCAGGUACAGCGAGAUUGAUGGUGACGAUGUGGUUAACUUGCCAACUCCAAGUCUUCCCUGCUUUUCCAACACCGAUCUUUCCGUGCUGACAAGAGAAGACCCAAUUUUCGGAGACCAAUAUUUCAAUGGAUCAGUUUUUAGAAAUGACCAAGAUUACCUUGUGUUUAGAACAAGAACUGUUUCUCUUCAAAACUUAGCAUUUCGAAUAGAAUUCUAUCAUGGAGAAAAGCGAUGUGCACUUUCCUAUGUUCUUCCUUCAAGUAUGUCUGGAACUCACGGAGCCACAGUUUCCCCGGUCAUUGGUUUGAGUAGCGCACCAGUUGGUCAUAUAAACGUUAACUACAUGAUUGUGAAACGAAACAAAUACACUGAUCAGAACUUGGACAUUGAUUCCAUGAAGACCACAUUUGGACGGUAUUGGCGCAAAAGAAAUCGAAUGCUUCAAAUCGGGCAUCGCGGCAUGGGCAGCUCAUAUACGAAAAACAUUGGCCAAAGAGAGAACACUAUAUUUUCCUUGAAUGAAGCUGCUAGGCGAGGCGCUGAUUAUGUGGAAAUGGACGUGCAGUUGACCAAAGAUUUGAAAACAGUUGUUUACCACGACUUCCACGUGCUUGUCGCUGUUGCUGGAAGAGAUUCCCCGUCCAGCACACCGACAGCUGCCGGGGAAAACAAGUCCUUGCACGAGAUCGCAAUCAAAGACUUGACUCUGGCACAGCUCAAUCUUUUGCACUUUGAGCAUAUUUCUCGAGCGAAUGGCUCGUCUGCCGAAUCCCCGGUUGCUUUGUCGGUGACACCCAGCAAGACGGAGACGGACGAGUUGCACGUACCUUUUCCCUCGCUGGCACAAGUGCUACGACACGUUGACGAGAAUGUAGGAUUGAAUAUUGAGAUUAAAUAUCCAAUGUAUAUGCAGGAUGGGAGCCAUGAAUGUCAGGGGUACUUUGAACAAAACAAAUUUGUUGACAUUAUACUAGCCGAAGUAGCAGAACACGCGGGAAAUCGUAGAAUCAUAUUUUCGUGCUUUGAGCCGGAUAUUUGUACAAUGAUUACAAAAAAACAACAUAAGUAUCCGGUUUCAUUUUUGGUGGUUGGGGCGACAAACAGAUAUAUGCCAUUUCAAGAUAUCCGAUCAGAUUGUAGCAAGAUUGCAGCCAAUUUCGCUGCUGGAUGUGAGCUUCUUGGCGUUAAUUUUCAUAGUGAAGAACUUUUGAUCGAUCAAAAACCAAUAGAAAUUGCUGAAAAAUAUGGACUUAUAAAAUUCGUUUGGGGAGAUGAUCUUAAUUCGAAGGAAGUUCAGAAACAUUUCCGGGAUGAAAUGAACGUCGAUGGUCUUAUCUUUGAUAGAAUCGGUGAAGAUGAGGUGUUGAAGCAGAAUGUAUUUGUCGUUGAAAACCACAAUCGGAGCUCUCUCUUUGCUCGAAGUCAGCAUAAUUCUCGUUCUCCAUCCAUGUCUCGGCGAUGUAUGUCCACAGUUGAAUAGAGCCCUAUAAAUUUGCUUUUUCGUUUCACUUUGCAUAAAAUCUGGCAUUCACUUCGAUAUUUCAUUAUUUUGAAUAAAUUAUUGCAUUGGCAUUGGGAA